UUUUUUUCAAAUAAAAGCUUUCAAGCCAGAUCUUUAAUAUUAAAGCGAAUUAACCGCCAUCGAAUCUCUUUGAUCUAGACUUGAAUCGUGUGAUCUUGACACAUGUUUAGUUGUGUUUGGUUUUCUGUUUUGUUUUGCUCCAUAUUUCGUCCCACUGCCAGUCCCACACAAAGCAUCGAACAAAAAUUCCCAAAGCACCACCAAUCCACCUUCAACAACAUUCCAUGCAACCUUCAUGGCCGCCACACAGUUAACCGCCGAUCUGCACCCGUUGCUAACCGAGUAUGUGAUCAAAAAGCUGCAAAAGAAUCGUCUCACCACGGUGUACAGCUUCGUGAAGGUGGAAGCGGAACAGCUGCUCAAGAUCACCAACCUUCCCGCCGAAAGCAUCGUGCUGGUGAAGAAUCAUCUGAUCGACCAGUUUGCCGGUCGGUGCCAAAACGCUCAAUCGUACCCGUGGCAGCCAGCCCCCAGCCCACUCAGCACGGGAGUUCCAUCGCUGGAUGCGCUGCUGCAGGGCGGAGGACUGCUUCCCGGCCACAUUUACGAGCUGUGCGGUGAAUCCGGCACGGGCAAAACGUUACUCUCCCUGACGAUGGCGUCGAACGUUGUCAAGCAACCGGGCAGCAUGGCCUACUUCAUCGACACCAAGUGUGACUUUUCCGGCAGAAAGAUACAGCAAAUCCUGGACAGCGACGAUUGCAAACUGUCCGAGCAGGAACUGGGCCACGCAAUGGCACGUGUAAGGGUGGAGCGUAUAUUUUCACCCGACCUUCUCGUCCAGACGGUGGAAGAGCUUGCGUCGGGAAGGUAUGUCGAUGAGGGGACGAAUCUAAAGCUGCUCAUCAUCGAUUCCCUGCCCUCGCUGUGGUACCUGUACCAGGAUGCGCAAAGCUCCGUAGAACCGUUGGGCUUGCUGACGAAGCUAAUCUGCUCGCUGCGCAAACUGGCCGCGCAACGGGCCGUCGCAGUAGUGUUGAUUAACCUGACCGUCCGCGUGGUGGAAGGAAUGACGGAGGGCAAGCGAAAACUGUGCCCAAACGGUAACUAUUCUGCCCUGGGACGGUACUGGGAAAGUGCGCCCGGUACGAGGCUACUUCUCGAGCGACACGAGCACCAUCCCGGAUCGUCCACACGCUACCACACGGUGCAGGUGUGGAAGAGCAACUAUCUACGAUCGGGCGAGCGGGUGAUCGUUCGGAUGACUGAGACGGGCGUUCGGUAGUGGCCGAAACAGGAGGC